AACACUAUAUGGACCUACGUCUUGGCAUACAGUAUGCCUCUUAAAUUAGGGGUUGACUUUUUAAAGAGUAUUUAUAAACUAAAAAAAAAAAAACACAGUUCAAACAUGCCUUGUUGCCUUCUUAUUUUAUUCCUAAAUCAUCAAAGGAUCAUGUCAUGAACUGUUCAUAAAAAUUUAACAGGCUUUAAUUUGACAUAUUGCACAUCGAGGUUGAGCCAAUGGAAUGGAAUAAUUUACAUUCCAAAAAUGGCACUUUUUGACAAUCGUUUGUAAAAAACAUUUUCUAUUUAUUUAAAUUAAAUGAAACUUCAUCCUUUACAUCUGGGAGGGGUCUGCUCUUCUUGGAGGGGAUGAAUGCCGUUGUUUAUCAACUCCUCUUCCUCCGAAUCCAUGUCCCAUCUUUCAGGAGACUCUUCAUCAGACUCGACAUUAUUUACUGUUUGUACUAGCCUCCUACAGAUUGGCUGGUCUUCUCCUGGUGUUCCACACAUUCUUCUACCCCUGCCUUGUCGUUGUGAUGACAUAUUUCCAAUAUAAUUGUGAUCAAACUUGAUUAUUCCAGCAGAGAGAGGAUUUAAAACUUGCAACAUGGCGGCCACUGAUGUGAACUUCGAAUGGAUUUUUCCAGUCGGCAAAAGUGAUUUAGUUACAAUCCGACAGUGCUGUUAUCUGGUGUUGAAUGAAAGAACUACUACUCGUCUAUCAAAAAAAUGUUGUUUUAAUGACGAGUACAACGACAGAGCCCCUAAGAAGAAGAAAAAAGGCGGGGGGUGCUCUUAAAGGGACACAUAGGAAUUUUUUUUUUCUGUCAAAGAAAUUUUUUUUUUUUUUUUUUUUAAAGCACGGAAAUAAAACAAAAGCACACAAUUUUUUUUUCCACAUCGAAGCAAAAAAAUAUGUUUUUGACAUCCAAGCAAAAAGACAAAAUCUUCGAGAAAAAAAAAAAAAGCUAACUUUGAAGCAACGCUCAGUGACCUGAGAGAGGGAAAAAUACCGGACACAUUUAGCAACAGAUGGCCCCUUCUUGCCAACUGCAUCUUGAAGUUGACUAACAAGGAGCCCAGCAUACGGCCAACAGCCAGUGAGCUUCUGCAGAGUGAAGUUUUCUGGAAUAAAGAUGUGGUAAUUCAUGGUUUGCCGGAAACCAAUGCUUAACUCAUUUGCUCCCAAAAACGUAUAAAUAUGUUCUAUUUUUAAUUGUUUCAGUGUCCCAAAGACGUAUUUAUACGUCUUUUAGUUGUUGUUUUGACAUCUCUAGGUUCUGAUUCAACUUAGCUCCAAAGCACAAAGCUGUAAAUCCAUUUUAAAGCAAUAAAACUGGCCACUGUAGGGCAGCAGCGCAAGACCCCCAACCCAAUUCAACGGAACCCAAUUCAACGGAACAAACUGCCGGCGGCCCGGCCAGGACGACCAAAUGGACGUCCAGGAUGCCAUGUCGCAGACGACCAAGCAGAACAACUGGGAGGAUGCACGGGAUGCCAAGUAAUGGACAACCAAGCAGAACGACCGGGAUCACCAGUGCAGCGGACGAUGCCGUUGAGUCUGUGCUGGAAAGACUUUAAAAAAAAAAAAAAUCCAUUUUUAUGAGACAGGCGGCGAUGAGGGAAAAGUUUACCCUGGUCGUCACAGCCACAACAGCGUCACCUCUCAGUUAUUUGUAAAUAAAUUGUUACUUUGCUGAACUUUUUUGGAUAAUAGUCGAGAUUCUUUAUCCGCCAUCCGCACAAUCUUUCGUUGAAAUCUCUCAUCAAUUUUUCUUUUCCGUCCGCAUCUAGGGAGGUUACCCACAGUGCCAUGGGCUUUACACUUAUUGAUGACACUGCGCACGGUAGACACAGCAACAUUCAGGUCUUUGGAGAUGGACUUGUAGCCUUGAUAUUGCCUAUGCUUCCUCACAAUUUUGCUUUUCAAGUCCUCAGACAUUUCUUUGGUCUUCUUUCUUUUCUCCAUGCUCAAUCUGGUACACAAAAGGACACAGAACAGAGGUUGAGUCAACUUGAAGCCAUUUUAACUGGCUGCAAGUGUGAUUUAGUUCUUGCCACCACCUGUUAUGUGCUACAGGGAUGUCGUCUGAUUGAAACAAGUGACCAGGAUCUUACGGAUUACACUAAAUGUCUGGUCAUCAUGUUGGACGAGAUUAAACAAAGAAAAUUGCAGGUGGAUGCCAUCGUGACACUAGGCGGGAUAGGGGGCCGAUUUGACCAGACGAUGGCGACUGUUGAGACGCUCCAUCAUGCCAUGUCUAUGACACAGCUUCCGCUGUUAGUCAUCCAGGAGACAAACCUGGCCUUUCUGCUCAGACCAGGCAAACACACACUCAGGGUAAACACAGGCCUGGAGGGGGAUUGGUGCAGCCUCAUUCCAGUUGGGGGACCAUGCUUGACAACCACAACAGGACUCAAAUGGAACCUGAAUAAUCAGUUCCUGCAGUUCGGGAAGCUGGUGAGCACCUCCAACACUUAUGAGUCAGUUGCACCCGGACAGCCCAGGAAGUGUGUAACAGUCAGCACAGACCAGCCUCUGCUCUGGAGCAUGGGCAUCCUUAAAACACUGCAAUGAUUUUUUUUUUUUUUUUCAAUUGGAAAUGUAUUUCCAAUUGUAAAAUUCAAGGGAUUCCAUUAGUUAGCUCUUGGAAAAAAAAAAAAACUGAUCAAACCGCUUUAGAGUUAUUCAAAUUUGAGUGGUGCAUAUUCUGUACCGUCGGAUAAAGGGAAACAUUUUGUGAUCUGAUUUUCACGAACACUGUGAAUGCAAUAUCUUUAGAAUUUCAGUAACCGCAGCAAGCGUGAACAAGUACGCCUGAGAAAAUUAGCGGCUCUGCCUCGUCGUUUUAAAGUGCCUACAUAGGGCAUUUUAACUUUUGUGAAUGAACUGAAACUUCUCUCAACUGAUGUUGGGCAACAAGACCCGCCUUUUUUCCCCCAGCAUAAUACCUGGACAGCCAAUCACAGCACUGCAAUGAUCAUCAAGGUUAAUAUCCUGUCAUUUUUUGUUUGUUAAAGUCAAUUUUGCUAUAUUUUGGUACAGAUAGUAAAACACUGGAUUUUUAAAGAAACUUUUCCUACCUUAACUUUGCAUUUGUGUAGAUAAUCCACUUUUUUUAUUGGUCAUUUAUCACAACCAGAGGUGGGUAGAGUAGCCAAAAAUGUUACUCAAGUAAGGGCCCAAGUACACCAGAUGCAUGAUCGUUCCGGUUCCGGUCCGACUCCGGUAAAAUAUAGCGCCGGAGCCAAUCCGUUCCCAUUAUAUCCUAUUGUUCAACGUAUACCGGCCGCGUCAGGUCUCCGGAUUGACUGCGAACCAUCUCCGGCGUGCCGCAUGCCCGCCGGAUGGUAUAGGCCAGGGGUGUCCAAACUUUUUGCACGGGGGUGCAGAUUUGGUGUGGUAAACACGUGGGGGGGCCGACCUUGACUGACGUCCUUUAUGUUUAACAAUAUAUUUAAGCAAAUUUUAGCGAGCCAUUAUGUGUGUCACAUUUGCUUUAUUUUUUUUUUUUAUUAAUAAUUUCAACAAUCUCGCAACUAGUCUUAUUCACGGUUUAAACACCAGCGAACAUGGACAAAGAACGUUUCAUCAUGGAGGUGGAAAGUCACAAAGUAAUAUACGAUGCAGCAGAUCGUUAUUAUAAGGACAGCGUUAAAAGCGAAGCUGCAAUGUGUUUUUCUGGCAAUGAUAUCAAACACACGACGUGCUGACAACUUUGAAAAAAAAAAGUACCGUAUCUGGAAGUGGUUCCACUGCAGAAAUUCUCGUGCCCGGCGCACACACAAUGUCGGUUUGUAUCCAGAGUCGAGGGGGAAAAGUACGAAAGAGAAUACCCACAAGUUUCGACCUCAAGACGUUUCUCUUUCUUUCCUACAUUUCACUUGACUCUUCAUAGAAAAAAACAACAGUUUGCGCUGGGCACAGGAAUCUGCAGUGUUGCGACACCAAUUCCAAGUACGUUGUUUUUUAGUUCGUGUAGUAUAUAAUUCGCUAUCCAUUUUAUAAAUAUUACAGAUUAUUUAACAGUUGUUUAUAACAGCUCUAUGAGAUAUUAUGUGCCAUAAAUUUUAAAUGUGCACAAAGAUAUAAACUGACCGACACAACCAAGGGCAUAAUAGCCCCCCUUCCCCUACACACGGAACCCUGAUCUCAACAUGAUGCAGUCAAUCUGGAAUUAAGAGACAGACACAACUAAAAUAUUGUAGCGUCGCCGGGGCUGUCAUCGGUGGGUAAAUUUAUGCACCAACGCGGGGCUGUCAUUGGUGUGCUGGUGCACCAGCGCAACGCUCCGAUUGGUGGACUAGAUAGCGUCAUUGUAUAAAGUUGUUGUUUUUGCAUUGGUGAGGUGGCGGGAAGUUAAUAAAGAAAAAGAGGAAAAAGGCGUUGAAGCUCGUGUGUUGUUUUCGCGGCCAAACUUCCGCUUAGCCAACGUUACAAUAUCAAUAUGCAAGGGGAAAAAAUGUGCUCCAAACUCCACUAUAGCCAAGACCAAAGAGCUGUUGAAGGACACCAUAGACAAAAUUGUAGACCCGCACCAGGCUGGGAAGACUGAAUCUGCAAUAGGCAAUACGCUUGGUGUAAAGAAAUCAACUGUGGGAGCAAUUAUUAGGAAAUGGAAGACAUACAAGACCACUGAUAAUCUCCCUCGAUCUGGGGCUCCAUGCAAGAUCUCACCCCGUGGCGUCAAAAUGAUAACAAGAACGGUGAGCAAAAAUCCCAGAACCACACGGGGGGACCUAGUGUAUGACCUACAGAGAGCUGGGACUACAGUAACAAAGGCUACUAUCAGUAACACAAUGCACCGCCAGGGACUCAAAUCCUGCACUGCCAGACGUGUCCCCCUGCUGAAGCCAGUACACUUCCAGGCCUGUCUGCGGUUUGCUAGAGAGCAUUUGGAUGAUCCAGAAGAGGACUGGGAGAAUCUUUUAUGGUCAGAUGAAACCAAAAUAGAACAUUUUGGUAGAAACACAAGUUCUCGCGUUUGGAGGAGAAAGAAUACUGAAUUGCAUCCAAAGAACACCAUACCCGCUGUGAAGCAUGAGGGUGGAAACAUCAUGCUUUGGGGCUGUUUUUCUGCAAAGGGACCAGGACGACUGAUCUGUGUAAAGGAAAGAAUGAAUGGGGCCAUGUAUCGAGAGAUUUUGAGUGAAAAUCUCCUUCCAUCAGCAAGGGCAUUGACGAUGAGACGUGGCUGGGUCUUUCAGCAUGACAAUGAUCCCAAACACACAACCAGGGCAACAAAGGAGUUGCUUCGUAAGAAGCGUUUCAAGGUUCUGGAGUGGCCUAGCCAGUCUCCAGAUCCCAACCCCAUAGAAAAUCUGUGGAGGGAGUUGAAAGUCCGUGUUGCCCAACGACAGCCCCAAAACAUCACUGCUCUAGAGGAGAGCUGCAUGGAGGAGCGGACCAAAAUACCAGCAACAGUGUGUGAAAAGCUU